CUCGCACUUGGGCAGCGCGCUAGGCCCCUCGGUCGUCUUGGGCAGCGCGUCAUUUCUUUCAUGUCUAAGGAAGAGCGCGAGUGGGGCGCCGACUGUGGCGUCGGCGCGACGGCGCUCUGGAUAGCCUACAUACGCGACCGCGAGAAGAGCCGCGAGAAGCCAGCGUUCGACGACGACUAUGCCACGCGCUUCCUCCGCGACGGCAAAGGCAAAGAGGUCGCCGAGGCGAUGGCGCGGGCUCUCUUUCAUUCCAUGUUCAUGAACGCAUCGGGCGAUGACAUGCACGCGUCGCUUACGCUCAAGUACGCCUUGCCGAUGUUCGGCCGCUGGCACAUGCAGCGCAUGCGCGGCGAGCCUGUGCCGCAGGAGCUGGUCGAGCAGGCGGCACUUGAGAACCCUCUCGCCAAGGGUGUUCGCAUUCGCACAGCGUACUUUGACGAGCGGAUCCGCAAAGCGUUUGCCUCUGGAUCGACGGCUCGGCAGUUUGUGACCCUGGCGUGUGGCGUGGACUGCCGCUGCUUACGCCUCGAGUGCUUGCAGCGCGGCGUCGCGACCUGGCUCGUUGAUCAGCCGGCCGUGAUCUCGUCGUUCCGGAAGUGCCUGCCGGAGCUUGACGAGCGGCCCGACAUCAGCACUGUGGCAGUCAAGUUUGGCGAGGAGCUGUGGUGGGAGAAGCUCCUCGCUCACGGCUUCGACCCGAGCCUACCGAGCGUCUUUUUGAUCGAGGGGCUUGUGAUGUACCUGAGCAAGGCCGAGAACGAGGAGAUCUUCCGACGUGUGCACUCCCUGAUGGCUCCCGGCUCGAUUCUGCUGGGCGACUAUGUGAACCGCGGCUUCCUCGAUCACCCGAUGGUGGAGCCCUUUGUCGACGAGCUGCGCAAGUACAACGCGCCGUGGACGUACGGGGCGCGAAGCAGUGCGACCUGGGGCAGGACGCUGUCGCGGUGCGGCUUUGAGGUGCGCGAGGACAGGCCCUCGGUGGAGCUGAAGACCUGCGCCAUGCGCAUCAAGUUCCUCCUGAUUGACUACAUCGGGACUUGGGUGCCCUCCUACCGAGUCUACUCCGCGGUCAAGAAGCGGUCUUCAACGGAGCAGGAGCGGCCGAAGGGGGAGGGGUCGCCGGCGGCGUCGGCGUAGCUGCUGCACUGCGAUGCGGCGGCGCUUCGUGUCAUGGCCACGUGAGCAGAGCCACGCAACUCGCAGGGGAGAGCGCUCUUCCCACUUUGCCUCGAGCACUUUGCUGCACUGCGAUUGCUCGGAAGGUGUGUUUUUGUCGCAUUGUCGACACAUGUAUUCAAUAAAUCAUUUUAACUGUAAAGGAAA